CGCGCGGCGUUGAGCUUCUGCCCGGCGUCUUCGUGGUUAUCUCCGAGCCUUGCUCUUAGCUCUCGGAGCUUCACGUCCCCGCGCGUUUCACCUGCCACGCAGACGCUCCUUCGGGCCCCCAGAUCAAGAUUAUCUUAAACUUGACUUCCACCAGCCAAUGGAAGGAUUUAGCAGCACCUGUAGGAGGAAACUGAAUUACCAAUAGAAAAUGGGGCGAUGAAAAGAGUAAACUGUAACUGAAGAAAAAUGAUGGAAGAGAGUGGAAUAGAGACCACCCCGCCGGGGACCCCUCCGCCACAUCCUGCGGGACCCGCCGCGGCCACUGUGUCUUCCACGCCCCUUCCUUCAGCUGCAACUAGUUCUUUUUCUUCUCCAAACGUGUCCUCCAUUCAGCCCUUGGCGCAGCAUGUGUACUCCACCCCUCAGCCACCCCUGGCUCCUGUGAGGCCCUCUGCGCCCUUGGUGCCGCCUUCACCUGUCCCUCCCGUCGCAGCCCUUGCUGCUUCUGUACCGCCUCCGGGGGCUCCAGCACCUGCUGCCGCCUUCACUAACCCUCCUCUGUCUCACUUCCCCCCUCCAUCUUCUGCCCCAAACACUCUUUUGUCCGCACCCUCUUCCGGUCCUCCCACAUCGGGAUUUUCUGUUGGAGCGACUUACGACAUUACAAGGGGACAUGCGGGAAGAGCUCCCCAGACACCCCUGAUGCCGUCGUUCUCUGCACCUCCUGUAACAGGUAUUUUGCCGACUCCCAUUACUCAGCAAGCCAGUUUGACAUCUGUGGCACAGGGGCCUGGAACCACGUCAGCCAUUACUUUUCCGGAGGAACAAGAGGAUCCCAGAGUUGUUAGGGGUCAGGAUGAAGCGUCUGCUGGUGGAAUCUGGGGUUUUAUUAAGGGUGUGGCGGGAAAUCCCAUGGUGAAAUCUGUGCUUGACAAAACAAAGCAUUCGGUAGAAAGCAUGAUUACAACGUUGGACCCUGGCAUGGCUCCAUAUAUCAAAUCUGGAGGUGAACUGGACAUCGUAGUGACCUCGAAUAAAGAAGUGAAAGUCGCCGCCGUCCGAGACGCCUUCCAGGAGGUCUUUGGCUUAGCUGUGGUGAUAGGGGAAGCUGGACAGUCCAAUAUUGCCCCACAGCCGGUGGGCUAUGCAGCUGGCCUGAAAGGAGCCCAGGAACGGAUAGAUAGUUUGCGUCGAACUGGAGUGAUCCAUGAAAAACAGACUGCUGUGUCAGUAGAAAACUUCAUCGCAGAAUUGCUGCCUGACAAGUGGUUUGACAUUGGCUGCUUGAUAGUUGAAGAUCCCGCCCACGGCAUUCAUCUAGAAACAUUUACCCAGGCCACACCAGUGCCUUUGGAAUUUGUACAACAGGCUCAAAGUCUUACUCCCCAAGACUACCAUCUGAGAUGGUCAGGCCUUUUGGUGACGGUGGGUGAAGUCCUGGAAAAGAGCUUAGUCAACGUCACCCGGACUGACUGGCACAGGACGUUCACCGGCAUGUCUCGGCGACAGAUGAUCUACAGUGCAGCCAAAGCCCUUGCGGGCAUGUACAGACAGCGCCUGCCCCCCAGGACUGUGUGAGCCAGCGCUCUCCCGGGGCACCGGCGACUCCUUCGCUUGGGGCGUGGCGGUAUUUAGACCUUAUACCUCCCCUAGAUGGACAGCUUCAGGGAACACAGCAGUCUUGAUAGUUUGCUCGUGGGGUGUGGUGGUUCUUUUCUAGAAAGGCAGGGGGUCAUUCCAGUAGAUGAAAAGAAACAGAUCCUUUCUGUGAUUGUCAUUUCGUGUGUCACAGUUCUUGAAAAAAAUCUAUAAAUAUUUUUAUAGGACACUUUGAUAUACCAAAUUUAUAAGGUGCAAAUCCAUGUGCCUACUACGUUUAACGUAACGAUACGUACUUGAUUUUUUUCCUUGUUUAAGAAGACAUGACUGGUUAAAGAACGUCAUUGUUUCUUUGAUUUCAAGAUUAAUCUCUUUCUUGUUAGUUUUUGGCGCUUGUGUGUGCAGGUGAUCUCAGGUCAUACGCUGAGCCUUGUGCUCCCAGUGGACCCUCAGACACCUUUUUGCCGGGAGAUGGUGCGCAUUUCAGUGCUUAGUUUUUACAUGGGCCAAAAUGAUGAAAUUGAUAAUUUUGUUUCUGUUAUCAUGUACAUACAUACAUAGUCUAAAAUAAAAAGGAUUUAUUUCUAAGUAAGUUUUGGCAUUUUACAGAUUUAUACUCUGAAAUGUUGGAGUGAUCGGUUUUGCUUGCCGUGGCUAUGACAGCUAGUGGCACGUGAUCCAUGUAUAUUUUAAAUUGGAAGCAUUUGGGUUAUUUUCAUAUAAUAGUAUUCAGUAUUUCCAAGUAAACUCUGAUGUCAGCCAUGAUUUCUCCUUCCACUCAGAUUUUCUCAGAUGUAGUAGAGAAAUUGUUCAGAGGAAUUACCUUGUUAUUUAUGGAAUUGUAUGCCUCUUAAUUUAAUUAAUGUUACUUAAUAUUUAGUUUGCCUUAAACACCGCUUUUCUAACCUGGUGCCAUUCUGCCUUUACUCUUUAUCGAAGUUUUCAAAGAGACUAUUUAAUAUCCAGUCUGUUUUAUCUAGUCCAUUGUGUUUAUAUGUAGUGAAAGCUUCUUUUUCCCCCAAAUAAUAUAUUUUACCGUUUUUGAAUUUAUAUAAAUCAAAAUUUAAAUAGUUUGUCUUCUACUUUUGGACUCUAUAUAUGCAAGUUCAUAUAACUUUUUGAAGAUAGUUUCUUACAUAAGUGUUAUUUAAUUUUUAUUUACUCGUCUGUACAGUUCUUUAGAUGGACCAGAAUUAGCACAAUCUUCCAAAGUGUGUCAGAACUCUUAACCCUGCACUGUCCUUGCAUGUACUGGUUUCUUUGUAUUAUUUUGAGAACUUAAUUCAUUUGUGUUAUUUUUUACCUGAGGAUGAGAAAGAAGCAUUAAUUUCACAGCUAUGGUUUGGUGAAAUUCAGGCUUGUCAUUAAAAGUAAUGAGAGAAAGAAAAGACCUGUAACCAGUUGCUGUGACAUAAUAGGAUCGAAUACUUGUCUCUCCUGUUAUUACUCUUUGUGGAAGUUUAUCCAUGUUUCCUCCAUCUUGUUAAUAAAAAAGAGCUUUUCUCUACCAUGUACUUUUUUUCUGUAUUUUUGAAAAGCUACUCUCACCUAUCUGUCUUGUCAUGGCCGUGGCCUGAGAACAGCACACAAGUAGGGAUGAAGGAAGCCUGUACAGUAUUUGUGCCCCUUUCCCUACUGUCACAGGGAAUUUUAGAGAUCCUAAGGAAUGUCAGUCUUUUUAUUUUACCAAGUCUCAAAUAUUUUAUAUUUUUAAGGGCUGUUUUCAAAGAAACACCAGAAGGGACAUCCCUCAGAUGACAGGUUUCCCAUGGUCCUGAAAUGACUCAGUUCUUCUGCGGCCUGGCUGAGGCCAGGUGAUCUUCCCGCCAGCCGCCAGUUUGCUGAGCCUUCCGUUCCUUAGAGUGGUUGCAAGUGUUGAGGAGGAUUCGGGACGGGCACGUGGAGAAGUAAACCCACGAGCUGGUUCCGGCCUCUGAUUCAUUUCUUGGCCUUCAAUUGCCGUUGACAGGCAUCUGAGCAUGGCUGCCUGUACGUGCUCCGUUUUCCCAACUUCAUGUUACGUUUUUCAUCGUUAGGUUUCGUUGUUGCACACGGGGCGGGAAGACCAACUCAGGUUGUUGCUCGCGCCCCGGCAGCUGCAGCCAGCGGCUCGUGAGUGCUGGUGCGAGAUACUCAGGUGGCCGUCACCCAGCCGCCCCGUGUGCAUUUCCCUUGCUGCUCAUUUCCCAGGGGCCCCAGCGUUCCCGUUUUUUACACAGGCCAGCGGCUCUUUGCUUUUUUGUCUCUCAAGCUUCUCAGGAAAACCUGACUUUAAUACAGCUCUUUAGCACUGCUGUUCUGGUCGUGAUAGUUUUUCUUCUGAAGUGCUCCAGGAAUUACUUAGGGAAUUUUCGCAGCUCACUCACUUCUUUGUUUUAAUGACGUAGUGUCAAAGACAACAGGAAAAAUACAGGAGGAGUCAUGUAACCUCAGUUGACAGAAGGUUCUCAGAGGCUUCAGUUCAAGAGCCUCCCCUUGAUAAGCUUGUCGUGUCACCCAGACCCAAAGUGGUGCCACAGGCUUCUGCAGUUGGAGAGCUUCAGGCAGUCCUCGUCCCUACCCUGCUGGUCUCUUUACGACUUCCCUGUUCAUUGUUCCUUUUUAUUUUAAGGAUUCAUGAGGUAGAAAAUCGAGAUGACUGAAUUCAUAGCCAAACGGUAGUGUAAUGGUAAGUUUAAAUAUUAUAUGCAUGCAUGACCCAUGACAUACUCAGGGUCAACUAAAUUACUCUUUAUGUAGUUGAAUUUACUUUGUUCCUGAACUACAAAAAAAACUGAAACAGGUAUGUGUGUCUUCUGAAGCCAAAUUGAUAUUUUGUGACCCAAAAGAUGUUGGGUUGUAUAUAAAUUAUUUAGAAACUUGGAUUUUUACUCCCGGAAUAUGAUGUUCGUUCUGAAGAUACUAUGCAGGAUGACGUAUUGGAUCAAAACAGUUUUGUAAGUGUGUAACUAUGUCAUAAAUAAAUAAUACCUCAAUUUAU